UCACAAUGCGCGCCGUGUCUUUCUUAUUCUGGAUGGUGUGUGUGGAGAGCAGCGGGCACUGUCUUGGUCGUGCGUAAUGCAUAAAUUGGUUGCUGUAUCCAUUCUUUUACACCAGUCUUGCUUGUGUGCCACAGUCUUGUCUAAACCAAUGCUCGAUAUGCACGAUGAUCGAUAGAGGCAACAGGCCUCGAAAAACAAAUGCUUCAUCAAUGCGUAUAUGUCAGAAUUCGUCUUUUUCUAUAUGUGCUCGCUGUAACAUAGGGUCAUCAAGCAGCUAUAACAGCCACACGAGAACAAUAAGUUCUCUAUCGCUCAAAGGCAGUGAUACAUAUUACAGAUUUCUCUUUACUAUGCAGUUACGCUAUCUUGUUUCUUCCUGGCUUUACCCAUAUCCAGAGACCGGCAUUUGAAAAACAAAUAGGCUUCAAUAAAAACAGCCCCUCUCUCCCACCGGCAAAAAGAAAAACACGCGCUUUUCGACUGCAACAUGAGUGCUCGCAAUUUCCUCACAACUGGUAAAAAGAUCGUUGCCAUUGGUCGCAACUUCAGUGAACACGCCAAGGAGCUCGGUAACGCUGUUCCCAAGGCACCGUUUUUCUUCCUCAAGCCAACUUCGUCGUACGUUGCCAAUGGUGGAACUGUAGAAAUUCCUACAGGCUGUGAGGUGCAUCACGAAGUCGAACUUGCUGUCGUUAUCGGAAAGGACGGCCGUGACUACAAAGCUGCCGAGGCAAUGGAUUAUGUUGCUGGUUAUGCAUUGGCCAUUGAUAUGACCGCAAGAAACUUGCAGACUGAGGCUAAGAACAAGGGUCUUCCAUGGAGUGCUUCGAAAGGCUUUGAUACGUUCACUCCCAUCAGCGAUUUUAUUCCCAAGGAACGGAUCGCUGAUACUUCUAACGUUGACCUGUGGCUCAAGGUCAACGAUGCAUUCCGCCAAAAUGGAAACACAAAAGAUAUGAUCUUUGGAAUCCCAAUGCUGCUUUCUUACGUUUCCUCUAUUAUGAAACUUGAAGUGGGUGACGUGAUCUUGACUGGCACACCCAAGGGCGUUGGCCCCAUCCAGGCCGGCGAUGUGAUUCAAGCGGGCCUCAAGGUUGGCGGCUCUUCGGAUGACUUGCUUACUGUCAAGUACAACGUAGCAAACCGAAACGGUCUUUUCCAAGCCUAAAGAGGCCAUGUAGCUUAGCCUACUUUUCUAGUUCAACUCGUCAUUUGUUGUAAUGCAGUUUGUGUAGUACAGCAGUACGCAUCCUUGUUUUUGUGUAUAAAAGUAAAAAAAAAAUGUACGCUCCGAGCCUUUCUUGCUGAGAAAU